GUGAGUCGUGCCGUCACCGAGGGGCGUGUCCUCGCCAACAGAGUCGGUCUGUUUGGAGCUAACGUAACAGAAGGGACAGAGCUCAAGUGUUGUUUUGAAUUUGCUGGAAAUCACCGACUGCAAAAAAAAGAGGGGAGGGGGAUUUAAGAGCCCGAAAAAGAAGAAGAUGGCGGAUGUCGGAGGCGAUGAAAUUCGGCCGGCUCACCCCACGGCGUCCCGCUACAACGGUCCAGUCGUCGGUUCGUCCGCGGGCCAGAACGCAGCAACGGUAACGUCUGGUCCUCGGAUAGUGCGGAUCGUCAAGUCGGAGUCUGGCUACGGUUUCAAUGUUCGCGGUCAGGUCAGCGAAGGAGGGCAGCUUCGGAGCAUCAACGGGGAACUGUACGCUCCUCUUCAGCACGUCAGCGCUGUUCUACCCGGAGGUGCAGCAGACCGAGCGGGGAUAGCGAAGGGUGACAGGAUCCUUGAAGUGAAUGGGGUGAACGUGGAAGGAGCGACCCAUAAGCAAGUGGUCGACCUGAUCCGUGCAGCGGAGAAGGAGCUGGUUCUGGCCGUUCUGUCCGUUCCGCCUCAGGAAGCUGAUGGAUUAGAAGGAGGGGAGGACGUCCAGCCGAACUACGACUACAGCGACAAGCAGGCGGUGCCCAUUUCCAUCCCCACGUACAAACAUGUGGAGCAGCACUCGGAGAGGUUUGUGGUGUACAACGUGUACAUGUCAGGCAGACAGCUGUGCUCAAAGCGCUACAGAGAGUUUGCCAUCCUGCACCAAAACCUGAAGAGGGAAUUCUCAAACUUCAACUUCCCAAAGCUUCCUGGGAAAUGGCCCUUCUCCUUGUCCGAACAGCAGCUGGACGCUCGGCGCAGAGGCCUGGAGGAGUACCUGGAGCGAGUGUGUUCUGUGCGGGUGAUAGGGGAGAGUGACAUCAUGCAGGAGUUUCUCUCUGAAUCAGACGAGAACUACAACGGAGUCACAGACGUGGAGCUGCGGAUAGCGCUGCCCGACAAAACCACCAUCUCUGUGCGGGUUCGUAAAAACAGCACGACGGACCAGGUGUACCAGGCUUUAGUGCUGAAGGUUGGAAUGGACAGUAUUAUGGCAAGCUACUUUGCUCUUUUUGAAGUCAUCAACCAUUCUUUUGUGAGGAAACUCGCUCCGAACGAGUUCCCCCACAAGCUCUAUGUGCAGAACUACACAUCCGCCGUUCCUGGGACGUGCUUAGCGCUCCGCAAAUGGCUGUUCAGCGUCCAAGAAGAAGAGCUGCUCAGAGACAACCCGCUGGCACUGCACUACUGCUUCCACCAGGCACUGGACGAUGUGAAGAAGGGAUUCAUAAAAACGGAGGACAAAUCCUACCAGCUGCAGAAACUGGCAGAGCAGCGCAAGAUGGCCACAUACCUGAGCCUGCUGCGGACAUGCGAGGGCUACAACGAGGUGGCCUUCCCCCACUGCUCCUGUGACUCCAGGAGGAAGGGCCACGUCAUCACCGCCAUCAGCGUCCAUCACUUCAAGCUGCACGCGUGCACCGAGGACGGCACGCUGGAGAACCAGGUAAUAGCUUUCGAGUGGGCAGAGAUGCAGCGCUGGGACACUGAUGAGGAGGGCAUGGCUUUCUGCUUCGAGUACGCCAGAGGAGAGAAGAAACCGCGCUGGGUUAAGAUUUUUACUCCAUACUUCAACUACAUGCAUGAAUGCUUCGAGCGUGUCUUUUGUGAGCUGAAGUGGAGGAAGCAGGUGGAGGAAGAGGAAUCCGAUAAAGACAACAAAAACUGCAGCAACAAUGAGUACCUGCCUCCUCUGGAGACGCAACAGAAGGGAUGGCGCCACCUAGGGGGGGAAAUCGCAACGUCCUAAAAAAAAAAAAAAAAAAAAA